UUUGUCUGAACUUGACCUACAACUAUGGUUGUAAAACAGGUUUCUUCUUUGAAAGUAGAUGUAUGCCAUUGAAGCAAAAGUCCCUAGAACAAAUUACUUAUUCCCUAUGAUGUUUGAGGACUCGUAUAAUGAAGUAACUUCCGUUUUUAACAUUAAUAUGUAUAUAAUACCCACGAAUUACGUUUGUAUUGCAUUCGCCAUCGUUCGAGCCAAAUUGCAUCUACGUACGAAACAAAUUUGCAUGAUCGAUGUAUUAUUUAAAACCAGAAUUUCUUUCAUCGAAGUUUCGUUGGGUAACAUGGCGGCGUGCACGUGUCGUCUGCAAUUCUCCGUUGAAAGCGAUUGUCAGACAUUCGAUAGCCAUCGCCUCGCGGCUCUCGGACGAUACACGACGUUAUCAGGGGGAACAAGGGCAUUCUUUCUCGUGGAAAAUGUGUGGUGAUGGAAGGGUGCUGUCCGACAAAGAGAAGCCAUAAAGAGUGGCGACGAACGGUGAAAAAAGAACGUCGCAGACGUCUGCGUCGCAAGGCGGCCGCCGAGCGGGAAGCGGAUGCGGAACGACUGGCGGCAGCACUUGAAAGGAGCGCGGACUAUUUGAAUUGGAUCAAAGAGCGCGAGGUCGCGGAAACGGAAAAAGAACAGAAAGAAAAGGAGGAGCACAUCGAACGAGAGAAACUUUGGUUGGAGGAGGAGGUAAAAGCGCAGAAGGAAUGGCAAAUAUUGCAAGAACGAAAGCAGAAAGCCCGACAGCAGCAGUUGGAGCAGGAGAUGAAAAUUCGACAGGAGUUCGAGGCGAAACAGGAAGCGAUUCGCAAGAAACAGGAGGAGGAGAAACGUAAGAGAGAGGAGGACAUUAGAAAGCGGGAACAGUUACUGAAGGAGAUUGAUGAUUACAUCGAUAAUGGGAUCAAGACUCCGGAAGCUCUGCGCGAAGUCAUCAACAGUCAACCUGGAAAAGAGCUUUGCCCCUUUUUCACGAAGACGGGUGCUUGCAGAUACGGCGAUACCUGUUCGAGGAACCACCGAAGAGUAUGUUUGAGCAAGGUGAUACUAGUUCCUGGUUUUUACACGCACUUUUCCCUGGAAAAGAAUUCCGCGGAGUACGACACGGACGUGGCUCUAGAAUUCGAGAGUUCAGAAACGCGGCAACAUUUUCGCGAAUUCUACAAGGACGUCGUUCCGGAACUCGAAUCGUUCGGAAGAAUAAAGACUCUCAAGUACUGUUGCAACACCGAGGUUCAUUUGCGGGGCAAUCUGUACGUCGAGUACUAUACCGAAAGGGAGGCAGCAAGGGCUAUGAGAAAGUUGAAAGGUCGCUGGUACGCUGGCCGGCAACUGAACUGCGAGUUUGCCAACUUGAAGUCAUGGAGAAGCGCCGUUUGUGGAAUGUCAAAAUGCCCGAAAGGGAGAGCGUGCAAUUUUUUGCAUACAUUUAAGAAUCCGCACGACGAGUACGAUAUCAAGAGUCCGCCUAGGUGGGCGAAACAGUCGGCUUCGUCAUCUCAGGAAGUUACCAGCAGCAGAAGAAGCGAGCACAGGAGCAAAUCGAAAUGGGAGGAAGGCAGCGAUACGGAGGAUGGGAAAAACUGGAGAUGGUCCGAGUCUCCUGAGCCCGAGCCUCAGCGUACGAGGAACACCGAAAAACGGCAUCGUCGUUCCGACGAAAACAUAGAGUAUCGACAGAAAUCCACGCGCGACAAAGCACACGAUCAAUCUGCCAAGGGAAAGCUCACCGAAAACGUAGACACGCCGGUCAAACGUCGACGAUCGAGUUCCAGGAAGCACUUCGAAGACGAAAACAAAGACGACGACGUUUCGAACGGUCGCGAGUACUCGAGAAAGUACUCCAAGAAAUAUCAAAGAAGAAGAGAGACGGAGGACGACUACGACGAAUCGAAAUCGUCGAGGCAUUCUUCUAGAAGAUACUCGAAAACCGACGACAAAAGUUACCGUUCGAAAAGUCAUAAGCUCUCGAACAAGUAUUCGGGGAGAGAGAAGGACGGUCGUGAGAAAAUUAAGCAGAAAUCGAGAAAUCGUCGUGAUCUUUCCGAAGAUUCUUCGAGGAAAAAACGCAAGAAGAACUCCGACACUUUCGACACCGAAGAAACUGACGACACGAAAGAUCCACCGCGUUUGAAGUCCAAGUGGGACAAAGAGAAUUCUGAACAAAUUAGUUCAAACGGUACGGAGUCCUCCGAUACGGAUUCCUCGAGCGCAACCGAAGAUAAGAAGACGGAAAGAUCGAGGAGAUCAAAGAAAAAUUCUGCGGAACACUCGGACUACGAAUGGGCCACUACGGAUUCCGAAAACGAACAUAAAAUCAAAGAGAAAUAAUAAAGUGGACGUUUGUUUGAACAAUUUGUAGUUGUGCUUAAAAACUUGUCGCGCACAAGAAACCGAUGUAAUUAGUGUAAUUAUAUAAGAAAG